AUGGUGAAAGCAGAUGUGCGGAGAGAUUACUAUGCGGACUUGGGUUUGACGCCAAGUGCCGAGUCGGAGGAUGUCAAGAAGCAGUUCAGAAAACUAGCGCUCAAAUAUCAUCCGGAUCGAAACCCAGGCAGAGAAUUGGAGUUUAUUUCCAAGUUCCAGGCGAUUCAGGCGGCCAACGAAAUCCUCAGCGACCCUCAACAACGGUUGAGAUAUGACACGGAUCGACUCCGCGCUGGGUAUGGAAAGCUCUAUGGACCUCCCAAGCCUAGCGCCACUCGGAAGACCGCUACGAGUAACUUCACCUCAACGCCUUCGCCAAAGCCUCCGAAUGCCAAACAACCGUUCGGUAACCGACCUCAAUCAUUCCACAGUGGUCCAUCAUCUGGCGCGCAGCGGUACGCUAGCUAUGCUCGCGCGGCACCCAAACAGCCCUGGGAGAAAGCGAGGGACGAGGGACAGACCCGUGCUGAUGCCUACCGUGGAUUCCAAGAAAUGAAAGGCAAUGGCAUGCCGGGGUGGAACCAGUUUGAUCCUCGCACGGGACGGUCAGCGUUUCCGGGGGCUACGCCUCGACCUGCUCCAGCGUCUGCGGGCCAGCAGCGACCCAAGUCUGCCUACGAGUAUUUCAAGACCUCUCCGAAACCCUCGACCCCGGAUCCUUCGCGCGCGCAAUCGGCGAGAAAGAAGGGGUUUGCCCCGCGAGCGGCCGCCGGUGGAGAUGAACCUAUGGCCUCCAGCACGUCCUCUUACUCCAACGCAUACCGCGGCGAGCGUUCGCAUACCCCCAACGUUUUCGGGUCUGCCCCGUCCCCAACUGCCAGGAAAGCAGCCGCCGGAUUCUCCAGUCGCGCAGACACCUUGAACACCCCGGAAUUUGAGCGCACCAGUAGCAAGUAUGCCGGUGUCGGAGGCGAACGCACGUUCUUUUCAAGUGCUGGCUUCGCACGGUCAUCCAGCGUUCGCGAUUCGACUGGAAGCCCCAAGCCAUAUUCGCGCACGAAUCCCCCCAGCCCGACACCCCCCGAAUCAGGCAGGCAUCGGAGUGCUAGUCCCAAGUUCAAAACGGACUCGGCCCGGAAUUACUCGUCUACGAGCUCAAGCGAGACCGACGACGAUGAUUUUCAUCCGGCGCACAAACCCAAAGCCGUUCCAAAGAGCAGGCUUCGUCCUCAUCAAAAGUUCUCCGGUUUCCAUACGCAACAGCCUGGCGGUGCUGCAAAUGGCCAUAAAUCGGAUGGUACGGCAUCACCGAGAAAUGUGUUCGGUGCUCGAGCCCAAACACCUUUCGAAUCCACUCAAGCACCUAAAACCAACAACAUACCACAUACUGGAGCGUUCAAAAGUAGUAGCCAUGAUGAUCUAAGGAAGCCGUUCUCUGCAGACAGCUGGGGAGGUUUCGAUUUCUUCAAACCUACACCGUCCGAUCAGGAACCCGCGCAGUCGCCAGUAAGGCCAGGCAGUCGGGGUCGGGCUGCAACUAGGAACAGUCCCAAACCGGGGAGCGAUUCGGCAGGCGCCUCAACCCACGAUUCAUCCCGCUCAGGAUCUACCAGUCAACAACAGUAUCCUCCUUUCCCAGAGGCCAAAUUCCGUGCGGACGACUGGGCGCAGAAGUUUAGAGACAUGGCGUGGGCCAUGCCGAACGAUGACGAGCCUAAAACCCAACAGCCAGCCGCCAAUUCUCAGCGCCAGAGGAGUCCUCGGAAGCCAAAUGCUCGACCGGGAGCUAAAGUACGGUCGACACCACAGCCGGCUACCGUCGCCACGGAGGCCGAAGAGGCUGAGUCCACGGUUAGUGGAAACAACAAGCCAGAACCAGCCAAACCGGGAUCGGAUGAUGCCGAAGCCAUGGACCUUGAUGAUGACCUUCCUGCGAAUAACACGGGCACUGGAGCAAACAUAGAGCCGGAACCAGUCCAGGACACUGGGAAAGAAAAUACUUCUUCAAAGACGCCCCUGGCUUCGAGUGGUCGCGGUAAAACGGAUAGCUCAAAACCAGAGAGCAAGACCUUCAACUUGAAAGACCUAGGCGAAACAGCGCCGUUCACCUCUACUAGUAAUGGCGGUAUCGAGGAUCUGCAAGAUAUUCACGCCAGCCUUCCCUUCGAAUCGCGCGCCAAGACCUCUAGAACAACCAUGAAUGACAUCCGCCCUCGCAAAAUCGUGUGUCCCAAUCCGCCAAAACGCCCCCAGCCGCCGCAGUUGGUUCCCAUCGGUAUAGGGUCGGAGCGACUAGGGAUCUCGCGAGCUGCCUGGGACCGGCACCUCGCAGAGAUGGAAGCCUACAUGCGACAGUGGAGUGCUUUCAACGGCCGUAUGAUCCGUCACUUCGAUGCUCGGCAGGAGGCUGUCAACACUGGAAUGGCUCCUCACUGGCUCGGUGCCGUGGGCGACUCGGCCCGUAUCAAGGUCGACAAUGAGAAUGACCAAGAAGACACCAACGAGACGCAGCAGGAUGAUGACAGAAUGGAGUCGGGAAGCGGCAAAGGCGGGUUUAACGCCUACAUGCGCGCACUCACCGAGGAUAGGGAAAUUCGAAAGCACUGGGAGGUUGCUGUCGAAAUGCACACGGAAUGCAUGAUCCAGCAUGGACAGCUGCGAGACGCCCUAAUGAACGGUAGUCCUCUUUUCUGA